AUGUCGUCUCCUUACGCAGAUCUUCCGCUCCUGCGCCCUGAUAAGCAAGUUAGAUUGCUUCGGCUGGAGCAAUCGUCACCUGAUCGUGAUGACUAUUGCUUCAGCUUGACGGUUCACAACUUUUGCGAUGAUGUGUAUCACCCACGAUACAUUGCCAUUUCGUACACUUGGGGAGAUUUCGUCCCACUCAUGCCGAUAACUUUGAACGGUAAAAGGAUGCGAGUGCGAUUCAAUUGCUGGUAUGCUCUGUGGCAGAUGAGACACCAUGGCGUCACCGAUUAUUUGUGGAUUGAUUCGUUAUGUAUCAAUCAAGACAAUAAUGAAGAGAAGAAUUUUCAAGUGGCCAUCAUGGGUUCGAUAUACGAGUCGGCGUUGUGGGUCGCAAGUUGUAUUGGCACUGGUGACACAAUUGGUGCCAUACAGCCCACCUCAGCAAACGAUGGCGGCGAAGAAGCUAAGAUCACCAGGGAGAAACUCCGUGGAAGGUUUGAUCAAAUACCGUAUUUUGAUAGAGUUUGGAUUAAACAGGAAAUUAUACUUGCGCGCGACAUUACGCUUUUCUACGGAUUGAAGAGCGUCUCAUGGCAAAUUUUUGAUAUGUUAAUGUGCAUUGAACAGAGACUAUUGGGGCAAAAUUUGGCCUCAGAAGAAAGUGCUGACUGUGGUAUGUCCGAUACCUUGGAGAACACCGAAGAUCCUUCAAGUAGCUUUUACAGAUGGGGUCAAAUGCGGGAGUAUUCCAUUCAGGAAGCCGAGAUGAAUUCUACCACCUUACAACUUUGUAAUCAUCGCUCAAAUUCAAAAUCUGGUACAUUUGUGGAUUUGGUUCUCCGCUAUAAAACAGCAAAAGCUACCAACCCCAGGGACAAAAUAUACGCUCUUCUCUCUCUGCUUCCAAAGAACGAUCUCAUCCGACAAAACUUGGUAAUUGACUAUGAACAGCCUACAUUUCAUCUGUUUCAUGCCGUUACACGUUUAUUGUACAGUACAUAUGAAGAUUUGGAAAUUGGACAGAAGCAUCAGGUCCUUGAUUUGAUUAGGGAAUGGCUAGACAUUAACGAGCAUAACCUGGAAAUGGAUGAAUACUUGAGAUCAGUUCCACCUUCACCAUCAGACUGGUUACCAUCUUCGACGUCAGAUUUGAGUAAUUCCUGGCUUAAAGCAAUCGAUCCUCAUAUUAGACUUGAUAUAAAGGAAUUGUGCCAGAUUCCUCAGCAAAAUGAACUCCACGCCAAUCUGAACCUUCAAGCUGAGGAGCACUCGCCUUUAACAUUGCUUGAACACAUCAAUACGUGGCGGCAGGACGAUGAGAAAUGGUCCAAAGAACAUAUCAAUGAGCUUUUGCCUGCCAAUCUUAAAACUUCGAGAGUUACCAUUAUGUGGCCAAAUCUACAUACGGAUAUCUUUCCAGCUAUGAAGGAGUUUCUUGUCAAUGCAGAUGUUCGAGACGGAGAUUUCAUUGCAAAAAUAGUUUGGGGUAAAUCCGAAAUUAUAUUCAAUGCCGCAGAUCAUUGGACUGCGGCAUAUGCUGUUUUGCGCACGAUGAAAGUUAAGGAUAACGGCAAAGAACUAGGCAACGAUGAUGACUCGUUCAUGGAUACCUCCGACGACGUUCUCGACGACUCAUCGAAUCGCGAAUCAGAAGAGCAGCAAGGCACAGAUGCUUUUCUCACACUCCAUAGCUGGGCCAUUCCGGUGAGCCAAGACCUCAAAAUCCUCACGGAAGGCGAAAAUUCGGAUCUUUCUGACGUAUACCGGAGCCAAAACCCGGGCGUGUUAACCCUACAUCAUCGAGACGCCUUGAUACCACUGAUUUUGAACGAUAGACCAUUACAUGCAUUGCUGUAUCCCGCCCCCACCGGAUCGUACUUAUCAACUAUUCAAUUAGACAACAAUGUGGAAUGCAAAUCUGAGCCUCCUUUGAAACAAUUGUCCGAUUAUAUUAGUGACGUGUUUGGGUGA